GCAUGAGAUACAUAUCAAAAGUUCUGAAGAACAGCCUCCAUGAAAAGUUUCCAGACGCCUCAGAGGAUGAGCUGAUGAAGAUUGUGGGGAACCUGCUGUAUUACCGCUACAUGAACCCCGCCAUCGUGGCCCCCGACGGCUUUGACAUAUCAUCGACAUGUGCCGGAGGGCAGCUUCACCAGGACCAGCGGCGUAACCUGGGCUCGGUGGCCAAGAUGCUGCAGCACGCGGCCGCCAACAAGCUGUUCGAGGGCGAGAACGCACACAUGACGCCGCUCAACAACUACAUCUCUCAGACAUACGAGAAGUUCAGGUUGUUUUUCCAGUCGGCCUGUGACGUUCCUGAACCCGAGGAGAAGUUUAACGUGGAUGAGUACUCCGACAUGGUGACCCUGAGCAAACCCAUCAUCUACAUCUCAAUAGAGGAGAUCAUCAACACUCACUCGCUGCUGCUGGAGCAUCUGGAGGCCAUCUCUCCAGACAAGAACGACCUGCUGCACGAGCUGCUGCAGGACGGGGACGUCCCCGACGUGGAGGCGCUGCUCGGGGAAGGAGCCGCAGAUCCCAGCGACCCAAACAGAGAGAGCGCUCUGAGCCAGCUGGGGAAGACGGAGAUCUCACUCACUCUCAGCAAGUUCGAGCUGCUGGACGGAGACGACAAGGACCUCAAAACUCUCAUUACCAAGACGAAAAAGCUGAUUGUGGACGUGAUUCGGAUUCAACAUGGAGAAACUUUGACUGAAAUUCUGGAAACACCGGCUACUAAUCAACAGGAGCUGGAGCACACAACGAUCGCCGAGCGCAGAGCGGUUCAGGACGCUCAGACCCCGGAGGGUCUGAGAGCAGCGCCGGUGCUGGAGGACAGCCAGCUGCCCCUGGAGCAGAAGAAGAGGAAGAUCCUGCGGAACCUCCGCAGCCUGGAGCAGGCCGGCCUGGUGGCGCCAGCAGCAGAUACCAGGAACCUCAUCAACGAAUAUCAAAAGGACAUCCGCUACCAGAGACGCUACAGACAGAGGAGGAAGGCCGAGCUGGUGAAGCUGCAGCAGACCUCUGACGGCGCUCAACUCCAAAACGACUUCUUCCAGGACCAGAUGAACUACUACGACACCUACAUCAAGACCUGCCUGGACAACCUCAACCGGAAGAGGGGAGAAGGCAGCAAGAAGGGGAAACCUCAGUCUCUCAAGUACACCGCUGCGAGGCUGCACGAGAAGGGAGUCAUCCUGGAGAUAGAAGGUCUUCAGACCAAACCAGUGAGUUUUAAAAAUGUCAUGUUUGACAUUUCGCCCAGUGAGGAAGUCGGAGAUUUCGAGGUGAAAGCCAAGUUUAUGGGGGUCGAAAUGGAGAAGGUUCAGCUUCAUUUCCAGGACCUCCUGCAGCUGCAGUAUGAAGGCGUGGCCGUCAUGAAGAUGUUCGACAAAGCCAAAGUGAACGUCAACCUCCUCAUUUUCCUCCUGAACAAGAAGUUUUACGGGAAGUGAACCGGAGCGGAGGAAAGCCGUCGUGCCUUCUGACAGAACCAAAAUGAAUUCAGUAAAGAAAAAAAAACAAACAUCAAGUGUAGUUUCAUCUGCCUAUGAUUUGACGAUCACCCCAAAUGAAAUGUGUUUU